GCACCUCAGACUCUCAGUUUGCCCUUUCCAGAGCCGCGUGUCAGACGACGGUAGUAUGGCGCGGAAGCCCAAGGUGCGGCGUAUAGUUCACCUGCAGCGGCUACGCGAGCAGGUGCGCGCGCUCGAGGUUGAGCUCCGGCGCAUCAAGCGCGCGCACAUCAUGAUCCUCUCGUGGGAGGACGUGGCCGGCGCAAUGGCCAAUGACACGCUCGCGCAGGUGCGCACGAACCGCAGCCUCAAGAAGGAGUGCGCGUACCAUGCGCGCCUCGCUCGUUUCUUGCACGAGUGGAUGCUAACGAUGGCCCCGCCCCAGCCCCUCUCGCCGCAAAGCUCGUGGCGCGAUGCCUGCCUCAUUCAAGGUGACGCAUCCGCUCGCCAAGCGGCCUACGAGUGGGUCCUUCAACAGCUUUGGUGCAGCACCGACAGCGCCAUGGCGCGCGUCUCCGAGCGCUUGGCGUAUGUCAACAGCACAUUCGAUGUGGCCAUCGACGUCAACCUCGACGACGGGCCGCUGAGCAUCCAAGUUGUGACACAGAGCCUCUUGCCGUGCUCCUUGGCGGACGUAGCGCGGGCCUUCUGGCACGCCGACUUGACGUUCGUCGCCCACGCGCUGUCGCGGGAUUUUACGCAGCUCGACCAAGGGCAGGAGCGCAACAUUGUCUACCUCCACGACAGCAUUGGACCGGAAGACGACACGAUUGGCGACAACACGCUGUAUGGACGCUUUGACGAGCCGGGCCGGUCCGUCAUUGUCAUGCGCUCCAUCACGUCGGACGCCGCGUACCCGAAUACGGGCGACGUGUGGAGCGUCGACACCAAGCAAUGGAUGGUGGCCGAAGCCGUCGACGCUUGGACGACGCGCUGCCGCGUCUUUUUUCAAAUGGGCCAUCCGCGGACAUCGUCCGGCGACGACGUGCCGCUGUGCGACGUCGGGCGCCUCUUUGGCUGCGACGGCAACGACGACGACGACGGUCUGUUCCAGCACUCGCUGCGAGAGUGUUUUCGCCGUCGACAUUACGACCAGCGGCUGCAGUUUGCAGCCUACCUCGACCACGUCCUGCACAACCUUCCGUCGCCGUCGGUCGUAGGAGCCGAAGAAUUAUCAACAAGAGGUUGAGAGCAUCC